UUCAUACGUCACUAUGCGGAAGUGGUUCUCUCCCUUUGUGAGCUUAAUUGGCAUGUUCUGUGUUUCACAGCCAGAUUUAUAUUUCUUCAGGCCUGAUUUUGAUGUAAAACCCUGUAACGCCAAGUAAAGCGUGAAGUACCCCGGGCACUGACGUAACAGACCAAACAGCAGCAUCAUGUCUGCAGAAUUGGAUCUGUCCCCUCCAGAAGUCCCUGAGCCCACGUUUCUAGAGAGCCUGCUGCGCUACGGGCUGUUUCUGGGUGCCAUCUUCCAGCUCCUCUGUAUCCUGGCGGUCAUCUUCCCCACACCCAAGUCGCAUGAACAGGAGGAGACUGAGUCCACUGACGGCAAGGCCACUGAACAGAUGAAGAAACCUAAAGGACUCGCACCGCAGAUCCGACAGAAACCAAAGAAAGAGAGCAAAAAGAAGCGAUAGUGCUCCGUGUGUGUAUGUGCGGGUUACCAGUUUGAUUGAAUGCGGGUGUAUUAUUAUUAUAUUCCUUUAUUGAUCCCCAUGGGGGAAAUUCAAUGUAUAGUCAACAUUGAGUCAACAUUAGCAGAUACCAAUACAAUUAUCACUACAGAUACAAAACACUAAUGUCAUAUUACGACAUUUAAAAAUUGAGACUCUUGAGAAUGACCUUGAAUCAUGUGUCCUUCACAUUCAACACAAUAUUACAAAAAGCAAAUUGUCAUAUAUCGAUUGAGGAUUUUUUUUAUCUAGCCACAUUUUACAGGAUAUUCGUUGUGCAUGUAUUUCUCUUUUAUAUUUGAAUAUCAUUGAUUGAAUUAUGUUUGGAUUUCAACUUUCAAAUAAAUACAUUAUGUAGUCAUUUA